ACCAUGUUCUUGUUGGAUUGGUUCUACGGGGUUCUUGCAUCGCUCGGUUUGUGGCAGAAGGAGGCGAAGAUCUUGUUUUUGGGUCUCGACAAUGCCGGCAAGACGACGUUGCUUCAUAUGCUCAAAGAUGAGAGAUUAGUUCAACACCAACCGACGCAGUAUCCGACGUCCGAGGAGUUAAGCAUUGGGAAAAUCAAGUUCAAGGCUUUUGAUUUGGGCGGGCAUCAGAUUGCUCGCAGAGUUUGGAAAGAUUACUAUGCCAAGGUGGAUGCAGUUGUUUACCUGGUGGAUGCUUACGAUAAGGAACGAUUUGCAGAAUCGAAAAAGGAGCUGGAUGCUCUCCUCUCUGAUGAGUCAUUGGCCGCUGUUCCAUUCCUUGUUCUGGGAAACAAGAUCGACAUACCAUAUGCGGCCUCAGAAGAAGAGUUGCGCUUCCACCUCGGUCUGAACAACUUCACCACCGGCAAGGGCAAAGUAAACUUGCAAGACUCGAAUGUCCGUCCCCUCGAGGUCUUCAUGUGCAGUAUCGUUCGCAAAAUGGGUUAUGGCGAUGGCUUCCAGUGGCUUUCUCAGUACAUUAAGUAGUAAAGACUAGGCUUCUCGCUUUUUGUUGUUUCCGAUUUAUUCAAGCUUUUUUUAUUGUUGGAGAUAUUUUUGCCUCUUUUCUUUAUGAUGAGCAAAUGGUAUUUGA